AUGAAGAAAAAACUCUCACCGGCUACUAAAUUUCGACGCCGUUUGGCAGCUAUGAAGAAGAAAAAAACGAGCGGCACUGGAGGCGGCGGUCAAUCGUUUCUAAAUCGAAAGCUACCGAAAGAACAAUUUUUUGAGCACGAUUUACGUUACAACGCCGAGGAUAUGCCAGAAGAAAACGUUUUCCAGGUGAUGGAUCCACCUGACUCUUCCACUAAUCCGGAAACCGAAGCCCAAACAGCAAACCAAUUAUCGACUCGUCAAACGGAUGAUCCAUUCGUAAGGCCACAUUCAUCCGCUGAAUCACAAACUGCAUCCGACCAAGAGUUGGAAGGCCAUCAUGGAAGGGGAGGACAUUCGGAACGCAAGAUAAAAUCAGCCGUUCUAGUGAACGAUGCACCACCGAAGAGAAGACGAAACAUAGAAAAGAAUAUGGCAUUUGGACGCAAAAAGCGAAGGACGACGAUGCUGCCAAUGUUUAAUGUGAUGAACAGGAACAAUCGAAAGAUGCUGCUAAAGUUACAAAAACAGCUACGAAUGCAGGGUCUCUGCCUUUCCUCUCUUCCCGUGGAAAGCAAGGAUAAUGCUGAACGCCAGAAGCUGGGAGACCUGCUGCUUAAUUAUGCUGGUGGUAGUAAUUCUUCUAGCGCCGGCAUUAUCAAUGAUGGUACCGCCGGAUGUCACUGCCAUUGCGCAUGUGCAGCAACCAAGCUGCCGACAAGAAAAGCUACCGGCGAAAUUCACGAACCGCACGGCCGUACAAGAAGCGGUUACCUGGAGGAAGCUGUUUGCAUUACCCGACCGACCGGCGUGCAAAAUUCGCGACCAUCACGAUACAACCCGAACCAUGCUCAGUCAGCGACAGGACAUUGUAGCACACAGCGUUCCAACCAACAGUCUAGUUUCGCGAGAAACCAUUCCAAUACUGUUCUACCGUGCAGUGGUAAGAAACGGUCCUUCCAUCACCCUCACCGGGACCGGGAAUCUUCCUGCUCCUCACGAUCCUCCUCGUCUUGUGGAGCUUCCGAUUGUCCGAAACGGCAUCAAUAUCGGGAACCGUUAACGCAUCUAGUGCGGGAACGACGUGAGCAUUGUAACAGUUUGCAAUCGCAGCACUUGCUUCCCCAUCAUAUACCCCACAACCAUCAGCACCACCAUCAUCAGAAAUUCUGCAUUCGUACGUGCACGUCGGCCGCUGCUGCUACCAGAUCCACCGCCAGUAUUCCGAUUUGCAUGCAAGCAAUGCAUAGCGUUGUGAGUGUACGGGAAACACAUCACAUCGCACAGGCCCAGCAGGAGAAGAACGCGAAACUGCGCGAAGCGUUCGGCAUAUCGCAGUACUUUGUCGAGGGUACUAGCUUCGACCAGGAUCGCAAGGCGAAGGAAGAUCUCGCCAAAUCGGAAGCCCUGCAAAAGGAGCUGGCGGAAAAGGAAAAGGCCAAAGAGAUGGAACGAGCGAACCGGAAGCGGUACGCGCUUGUACGUACACCAUCGCCGGAAAAGGAGGGUACCGGGGCGGCGGAUCGCAACAAUGGUAGCAAGCAGCGAAGACGCGAUGACGACGAGCGUGAGGAAGGCGAACAUGAGACUAAUGAUGAGGAAAACGACGAUGAUGAUGGUAGCGAUGGUGGUGGUGGUGGUGGUAAGGUGAAUUCGAAAACGGCCAGUACCCUGCACCGUGAUAAGGAGGAGAAAAAGAAAAAAAAGAGAAAGGCUCGCGAUGUAUCUUCCAGUCCGGAACGCAAAAAGGACAAAAAGAAGAAAUCGAAGAAAAACAAAAAAGAAAGAACGAAGAAGAAACACUCGAAGAAAUCUCAUCGUGGCGAUGAUAGCGAUACGUCCGACUCGGAAUCGGAUUCCGAUUCCAAAAGUGAUGCAUCCUCCGACUCGGAACGCGAAAGCAGCAACAAACGGAAGAAAAAGUCCUCCAAGAAGGAAAAGAAAAAGAAGUCCUCCAAAAAGAAGAAGGCAAAAUCCCGGUCACCGUCGCGUAACAAAUCUCCAGAUGCUGUAAAUAAGAAGACUCCGCUGGAAGAACAGAAACAGCCAGAUAAACGCAAGGAAGACAGGGUUAUUAAACCUUCCGAACCUCGCCACGAGGAAAGAAGCAGGCGUUCGUUUGAUCGCAACGUUGGGCGUAGGGAUCGCUCGAACAGUCGAAAUCGUACCGAUGGUCGUCGGACUCGUGAAUCUAGCCGGGACCGAUGUAACAAUAACGUUCGACGAGGACCGUAUCGAUCCGACCGAUAUGAAGAAAAUCGUUUCGGUAACAAUCAUCGUGGCGAUGGAAACUAUUUUAAUCGCUAUCGUGAUCGAGACAGUAAUCGUGUACAUGACGAUCGUCCCCGCCGUAGUCGUUCGAGAAAUCGACGCCGGGAACGUUCACCUGAGCACGAACGCAACGAUAGAUCGCAUUCCCGAUCGCGGUCACGUUCGGGAAGCCAAAGACGGCGCCCGAACCGUCCUGUAGGACGGGGGUCUAGUGUGGAAAAAUCUAAACACAAUAAUCGACGAGACUGCACGCCAUCGAAGCAGUCGGAGCUCGAUAGAAAUCGAGAACGGGACGUAGAUCGGUCGCGUGAUAGGGACCGUCGGCAUGACGAUCGCGAUAAAGGUCGGGAAAAUAAUCGUGACCGUGAACGUGACCCAGUGCGAAAACGUUCGGCGAGUCCUAAAAAGAAGGAAAAUCGGUCUCCACCACGUCGUCAACGAGAAGAAGAGGAUCAAAUCGCGGCGAAAAAGCGUGAAAAAUCACCCCGCCGGUCAGUGGAUCGUAAAUCCAAAUCGAAUACGAAUGCUGCUAGUGAGACUAAGAAUCGAAAAAGAUCUGCAUCGCCGAAAGCUGCAACGCGCCAUCAGUCUGAUACGAGUUCUUCUGAUAAGGCAGAAAAGUCAAUUCGUCACCAGCAACAGCAGCAACAGCCCAGUCCUCCAAAGAAGGUUCAUGAAAAGCAAGCUACAUCAUCAUCGGAAGAGGAAGAAUCAGAUUUAGAUUACUCUCCUGCAAGAAGAAAUCCGGAACGAUAUAGCGACAUACUCGAACGUCUGAAACCAAGCGCAGAUGCAAAUGGAGAAGAGCAGGCAAAUAAACCCGUUAAGCAAGCCGCUUCAAUUUCACCACGCUCGUCAAAAAAAUUGGACCGUGCUGUCAGUCCCGUACGGGAGCGUUCCGACAAAAACGAUACAGUGGAACGCAAAGCAAAAGUCCGUCGUCCUUCGGCGAGUCCGCAAAGAGAUCGUUCUCGUUCCCGCUCGAAACGUCGCCGAUCGACUGCGUCAUCUUCGCCGAAGAAAAAGGAGACGUCUGGUACAGGAUCACCACCCGAUACAAAGAAGCGCGACAAACCAGUUGCAACUGUCCCUCCUCCGCAACCUUCUGUAAAAUCAUCUGAAAAAUCAUCAACCUUAUCGCCUCUUCCUUCGUCAAAGAGAGGAAAGUCCCGAUCCCGUUCGCCUGAGGUGAGAAAACGUCGCCACGAACGGCAAGCUUCACCGUCCGCCGCUCGUACAACGAAAGCAGCGGCAAAUGAACGUCCCGAAACACGCAGUCCAGAGAGAAUCGAUUCGGUAAGAAAAUCGAAAGCCAAGAAAUCGUCCUCCACUUCUACUUCAUCCACGACGGUACAGCAGCAGCCCGUCGUGAAGCUACACUCACCCGAAUCGGAACAAUCCCAAUCCGAUAGUGAUGCCGGCGAGCGGGGACAGCAGGAAGGUAAAGGUACGCACCACCGUGACCGGGACGAUCAUCUGGACGCUUUCCUUCCCAUUUACGAUGAAAACCGCGAGCAGGAGAAAGAUCUAACGCUGCUAAAAGCGUUAAAGCACGAUCUGGCAGCGAAAGCAAAGCAAAGCUUGGAGAAGAAAAAAUCUGGUUCCGAAGUGGCAGGUGGCGCCGCAGGUGGAAGUAGCAGCAGUAGUACCAUAGCGAUGAAGGUCGUUGGAUUGUCCGCGGGUAAAGCGCCGCUCGAAGAACGUGUAGGUGAAAUGCGCGAACGAGAGCUGCUGCAAACGAAACCAAACCAAUCGGCUCAAUCUGCUAGCGCUAGCAAAGCAGAAUCCAUCAAGCAGAUCAUUUCAACCGAGAAGUCUUCAUCUGGUGGUGUCGGACAGGAGGAGGGCAGCAGCAGCAGCAGUACACAAAUGAAGAAGGAUAUCCAUGAGAUACUUAGCACGGUCGGUGCGUGUGCAGUUGCGAACGGUUCCGAAGUGGCGGCCAGUCUGGCAAAGACAACGAUACUACAUGCGGUCGAUAGUAUACUGAAGGAGAAAAUAUCCGGCACGGCAAAGGAAAAGCUACCCACGACGACCGGUAGUAAAACACGCCCGAGCACCAGGAGCAGCCGCUCGAGAUCACGAUCGCGUUCUCGUUCCCGUUCGCAUAAGUCUCGUAGCUACAGUAGCUCCAGCAGUGGAUCGGGAAGUUCCCGCUCGCGCAGUCGAUCCUCUUCGUCGCACAGUCGCAGUUCAACGGACCGUGGCAGUAGCAGGUCGAGAAGCCGUUCCAGCAGCCAUUCAUCACAAUCUUCCCCACGAUCCCGUACCGCGUCCCGUUCACCAUCGAUACCGCGUCGGGCAGGAUCGCCCUCGUUUCUCGAUCGACGCCGUAUUACCAGCACAUCCCGCUCCCCGCCCCGUAGUUUUCGAACGCGUCAAGAUCUCGGUCGGCGUCGGCAUCCAUCCCGCUCGAGGUCCCGAUCGUCUGAUUCGUCCAUCUCAUCGCGCGGGCACUCUUCUCGCUCCCGGGCACGCUCGAGAAGUUUAUCGCAACGGAGACAACGGUACGGUGACCGGGUGGGGCGGCGGUCGCGCGGUGACAGACGUUCACCUAACCGACCGUCGGCACACCGGUCUCGAUCCUCUUCCAGAUCUUACCCUCGGCGUCAGGAUCAUCGAGCUGAUCGUUAG